AGCUUGCAUCAUUAAUCGACGAAGCUAAGAAUGUAGCACGAACAUCUGACUUUGGUCAGAAGAGCAAGCCUUCGUGAAUCUGUACACUUUCGAAAGAUCUGGAAGACUACUAAGGAAUGUUGGACACUUGUUUGGAACACAGAAGGAAUAAAUCCGCGAGGAAUCUCCUAAUUGACCCAGUCUUUUAUUGGCAGAGAGUUCAGAAGCAAGGCUGUGAAUCAUCUUUGUCCCCCAACCGGUAUCAUCAUGAAGCUUUCCGUCUUCGUCCCUAUCCUUACAGCAGCCACUACUUUGGCUGAUCAGCUCCGUUUUGACACCACCUAUGACAACGCCAACCAAUCUCUUAGCACCGUAGCAUGCUCAGACGGUGUAAACGGUCUCCUUACAAAAGGUUUUACAACCUUCGGCUCUUUACCUACUUUCCCCAACAUUGGAGGUGCAAGCGCUGUCACAGGAUUUAACUCGCCCAACUGUGGGUCAUGCUGGAACGUUACUUUUACCAACUCUACGACAGGGGACUCGACUACCUUGAGCAUUCUGGCGAUUGAUGUGGGCAGCGGAUUCGUUGUUUCGCAGGAGGCGAUGGACAACUUGACGAAUGACAAUGCAGUUGCAUUGGGUGUUGUGAAUGUUGAUUCGGUUCAAGUAAAUGCAUCGGUAUGCGGGCUCUGAAUCGCAGAGCUAGUUCACGAUUGAAGAACAUUCAUUCGGACGCGGAGAUUUAAAUGAUCGUAUUUCGGACCAGUUGGUCACAUAUGUAAAUAUAGCAAGAUGAGU